CCCUUCCUGAUGAUUGAGCUCAUUCAGAUCCUAUUGGUACCUGUAGGCACUACGGCGAGCGCGGAGUGCUCAAUCUCUUUGUAUCGCUCCUUCCUCUGUCGUUUCAAGAUCAAGAAGAGACUCGAAGCCUGCAUCACUCCUACUAUCAUCACUCAAAGCGAUCACGAUGCCCCGAGAGCCCUUGGCCAUUCCGGCGGGAAUUGCUAUACACGGAUCUUUCGACUUCCCCAGCUGGGUCACGGAGUCUAUUCACAUGAGGGACUCCAGGGAUCUGGAUGAUGGCGAGAACACCCAAAAUUCCAAUAUCGUAUCAAGCUUCCAUUCAAUAAGCCGCUACCGAAGCAUCGAGGGCACACCAUACGAAACACGCGCGAGUCAUGAACAAAAUAUCGGCAGUCUUAUGACCCCUGUCAAAUGGGAGCAAAGCUGCGGUCCCGGAAUCUGGGCGGAAAUUAUACAGCCGUACGAGAAAAAGAAAUCGUUGCCGAAGUCGAUUACUGCCGCGAUGGCUGCAGCGAGCACUAUCCGUCAAGGCGUCAGGAUCCCAGACUUCUCGUGGGGCCAUGGUAGGAUGAUCAAUGGAACCUUCGAGAUGCAUCACAUAGGAGGCUGUGGCGAGAACAAGAAGCAGAUGCCGUAUGGAACCGUGGAAGAGCAGGAAACUUCGGAGUUCGUGGGCCAGCACAAGAAGGCAUUAGCCAAGGCUGCUUGGUACCUGUCGAUCACCAAUCAGCUCUGCGGUUGUAGGCACGGCGUUGCCAUGGUUAAUUGGUCGUUCCAGCGCUUGUUCAUCCGGAACGAUGUAGCCUGGGACGAUGCACAGCGAGACCGCGUCAUAUACAUCGAGACCGCCUGGUCUGGUGACGACGCGAGUGACGACCCGAACAACCACGCCAAUCUAGCGGAGGGCGCAGAGGGUUCAAUGAGUGCGAAGGAAAUCUUCGACAGCGACAUCUUCGGAAUACACAAGUUGCCUCACCGUACUCGGGACUACGGGGCAGGCUCGGAGACCAAUAUCAACGAGGAUGCGGCAGCGGCACUCUGGAAUUAUGUCAUGUCCAGUUACAAAGACACUGUGGCUUCCGCUCGAGCCCUUCCGCCCGAUAGCGAGCGGUUGUUCACGGCGCCGCGAGCCGUGUCGACUGAGGGGAACAGGCAGCAAAUCGAAAAGUUCGGAGCACGAAUGAUCGCAUCCUCCGACCAAGGCAAGCAGACUGGAGCUGAGCCGCAGUCAGCAUCCAAGACCAAUGCACGUAAAUGUGAGUACGAAGACGAAGAUGAUGGGCCGACUGCGAAGUGGCGCACCGCUCCUGCGUUUCGUGCCAAAUCAGCUGUACAUGACAGAAAGUCGUAUCGUGAAGCCAUCACAGAGCAGACAAAUCAUAUCCCGAGGCGAUCUACUCAUAAUCAGCCGAGACGACCUGGGAGUAUUCACAAUCGCGGGUGGCCCCUGUUCAAAGUGACCGGGAGGAGAAGUGCUCGUCAGCGAAAAUAUCGAAUUACAGCCUCGUAUUUUCUCACCAAACUUUCUCAACACAUCUACGAUACCAACGGAAUCCUACGCAAAUACCUGGCGAAACUCCAUUGUGCUGUCGACCCGGACAGCCUUCCGCCGCUGGUGGCUCGCGAGGAUCAGCAUAUGAGCCACGAUGCGUUUCAAGAAGACGUUGACUUUUCUCAGGAGACCUUCGAAUCGCCCCUUUUGGGUCGGAUCCAAGACGGUGCAGGGACUGGCUGUCAAACCAUUACAUUAGAUGCGGAACUUCUGCCAUCGGACAGCUAUUCUCAAGCCUCCGAGGAUGGACGGACCUGCUACUCUUACGUCUCGCUAUUGCAACACAUGAACGUGAAGUUCCAACUCAUUACACCUGAAACGAUGGACGCUAUCUAUCGCAACAUCGCUCACGAGGAGAAAGACCCCUGUGAGGGCAUCUAUACGAUUCGAGCUACCGCCUGACCUUCUCGAUAUACACGAGCGAGGCUCAUCGGCGAAGCUUUAACGACCCCUUACGAACGGCCUGCACCCAGUGUGGGCUUUCAGUGGAAAGAGCUCAUAGCCUUUUCCCCCCGUCCAGUUACUUUAUAAAUAUCCUCCUAUCACUGUUCCCUUCCAAGUAGUUGGUUUGUAUCGGCCCAUGAAGUCCUUGGU